CCGUGUACAGUAGCUAGAUUCUAUGGCAAUGAUAAUCUGGUGUUUGAGAGUGUGUGUGUGUGUUCGCAAUAGUGCUCCCACUGUCGGCCGGUGUGUGUGUGUGUCUGCGCAAUAGUGCUCCCACUGUCGGCCGGUGUGUUUAUGCACAGUGACGUCGCCAUCAUCCUCGUUAGCAUCCCCAUCCUCCCCACAGAGCCUCUGGUCUGUUUACAGGUCACUCCGCUAAACGGAGAAGACGUUUCUUGCUGUAGUGGACAGUGGAUCUGCAGCCCUGCAUACUAAACAGGAGAACGAUCUCUUCAUCAUGAACUGCGAUAUAGAUGGAGACAUGGAGAACCAGGUGGAGAUGGAGGAGAAGACGAGGUUAAUAAAUCAAGUUUUGGAACUUCAGCACACUCUCGAAGACCUGUCAGCGCGGGUGGACGCAGUCAAGGAGGAGAACCUGAAGUUAAAGUCUGAGAACCAGGUGCUGGGUCAGUACAUCGAGAACCUCAUGUCUGCCUCCAGUGUGUUCCAGACCACCGACACCAAGAGCAAACGGAAGUGAGGAAAAGAGAGGGACCCGCCAUCCAGGCAUGGAGAGGGAUUUGUUUUAUCUCAGCAGACCUGGGCAUUUCUUCUGUAACUGCUACUUUCCCCGAGUCAAAACCAACAAAUGGAUAAACAUAAACUCCCCAUUCCUGCUGACUAAAUGAAUCUAACCAGAGUCUUGCCCAGGUCUGCUUAGCUGCAGCAUCCUCUCCACACUACAGAAAAGGUAGACAUCGCCCUUUAAUCAGCAACACUAAAACAGAACUAUGUAAAUAAAAUUGUUGAGGGUCAUUUGUACCUUGACUUUCUUCUUAACGUUCUCUGUGGAAGUCGUAUCUGUAAAAUAAUUCGUAGCCCUGCUUGGUUUUCCAUAAAUAUUUCAAAUACUGCUCCUCAUUUCAACACCGGUUUAUUUUAAUUAUUUAUUUUUGUAAAAAAAAUCUUGGUCUUGGGGUAGGUCUCGGAUGUCAUCACGCCAGUUUAAAGCAUGACUAUUCCUCCAUUAAAAAAAAAAGCUGGCAAACUGGACAGCAUUAGUGAGGAUAAAAAAUGUAACUGGAUUGCAUGUAGGAGUCUUUUUAAAGUGCAUCUAAUGAUGUCACUAAAUCAAUAACCACUAAAUAACGGAGUGUACAAAGAACUUUUUAACAAUGGAGAUGGAGAUAAUGCAACUAAAAGCACAGAAACUGAAAGUGGUGUAAACUGUUCUUAGUUGCAAGUAUGCCUUUUUUUUGAAUCACGAUACAUGAUUUCCAUUCUGUACUUACAAGUAUUGGCGACCCUUUUUUAGUUGAUCAUGUCGUGUGGUGUUGUAAUGUAAGCGUGAUAAAGGAAAUGAUCGGGUCAUAAAAGGUUUCAUUUGUGUUCUCAUUCUGUGGGAGGAGGGGACUAAAUAGGCCAGAUGACACGAAGAGGAGGUGAGACGGGGAGGAAGAGAGCAGUUAAGAGGCCUUGAGUGCUAUUGAUCCACUCAGCCUGGAAUACACCCUGCUAGAGGAGGGGUAUGACUGUAAAAUGUGCUGAUGCGCUCAGUACAGCAGAGAGGAGGGUGUGUCCUCAAACCCCUGCUAGCUCAGAGACUAAAGGGACGAGGGUGGAAGAAGUAAUCUGAAGAAUUUCCUUUGAACUAAAAUAUUUAGUUCAAUAAUAUCAGGAAAACAGUUAUCCAUGUUCAAAUGUCAAAUUCGGAAGUGUUUAACAAUACAGGAUGCUAUAAAUGCUGUAUAUGCUUGUAAUUUAUUAAGGUUAUUUUGAUAACAGUUGUACAGUCUUUCUUUUAUUUGCUGUCGUGUUUUUUUCCCACAACCACCCUGUACCGACUGUCUGUGUUUAGACACCCUGCACCUUUUAGACAUUUUUGUUAAAUAAAAACCUAAUAUCAA